AUGCCACCCCGAAAGAGCAAUAUGACCAGCCGUAAGUCGGUCGCCCUGACGAAGGCCAAGACGGCAUCCAAGAAUACCGCACACGAGCGCAAGAACGACACCGACGUCCGUUUUCUGUGGGAAUGCGUCCAGGACAUGAAGGGACCUGGUACUAUCCAUGGCAAGCUCGACCUCGGCGCAGUUGCUGCUCGUAUGAGCAUGAAGAAGAGCGCCAUUGUCUCACGCUUCAAGCGCAUUACUCGCGACAUGAGGGCCAAAGAGGCUGCUGAUGCCAAGGCCCGGGAGAACGAUGAUGCCGCGGAGGACGAGGCCGAGAACGCUGUCAAAAUGGAGGAGGACAGGGAGGAGGAGGAUACCACCGAGGAAGAGUGCAUGAUCGAGCGCUUGAUCAAGGAGGAGAGCAUCGAGGACGAGGUUGAGAAGAACGAGGAGGAAAUCUAG